GCGACAUCUUGCGAAAUCGGCCAGCUAAUGCAGUACCGCUGUUACGAGGUACACUCACAACGACUCGAAUAUCAUAGGCGUGCUCGUGAUCGGCUACUAUUCAAGGAACGGUCGGAGCCUGCCUCAUCAUAUAUUCCCCAUGCACACUCAAAGGACGCUUCUAGUAACGGAGUAAAUAAUCAUAAUGUGCUCAAACACUUUGAGCCAUGUAGCCACGCAGGCCCCUGCGGAGGAGCCGCAGGCGGGUGUACUUGUCGCGACAGCGACUCACAUUGCGAGAGGAGCUGUUGUUGUACAGCAGACUGCCCGCGUCGCUUCUCGGGCUGCGACUGUGCCCGGCUGCAGCUGAAAAUGAGGAAGCAGCCGCAUCCUGAGGAAUGCUAUGAGCCCGAGCCGGACUUGUGCAUUAGCCACGAGUGUCCGUGCGUGAAGAACGGACGCGAAUGCGACCCCGAGUUGUGCGACUGCCUCCACUAUACCUGCUCAGAUGAAGACGUUGAGUGCAAGAAUGCCGACCUGCGCAGGGAACGUGGCAAGCAGCUGAGGGUUGGCCCGAGCGUUUUUGGCUUAGGCGUGUUCCUCGAAGAGCACGUGCAGAGGGGUGAGCUUAUCUGCGAAUAUGUCGGAGAGCUCACCUACGAUGCUACUACGGAGACACGAGGUCUACUCGCUCAACAUCGCGGCCGAGCGUAUGUAUUCAAGCUGAACAAUACUUUCGAUGUCGACGCCUCAUACGCAGGCAACAUCGCACGGUUCAUCAAUCACGCUCCGAGCAGGCGGGCCAACUGCACCACCAUCAUCAUGAACGUCAGCAGCGACCAACGGAUCGGUCUUUACGCCAAGAAAUCUAUGGUGUCGGGGACAGAGCUAACCAUCGACUACGGCGAUGACUUCUUCACAACAGAAACAAAGGCGUCCAGUGUGUCGUCCCGCACGACAGAGAAGUCAAGGUCGAGUACCGAGUCGGCUUCCACGCGUUAACUGUUGUAUUUAG